GAUUGUAAAACGGUCAUAAAAUUUACAUGUGAGCAACUUCAAUUUCACCAAAGCAAAUAUUUACAGAUCAAGAUUUUCACUGUCCUGCUGAUACUAUAAAAUGGGGAGACAAGAGGGUUUGAUUUCAGACCAUAUCAUUAUUUGUUUUGAUUUCUACCACUGUCGUUCCCCAUCAUCAUUAUACCUUGUUGUCUAAGCGAGAAACCAACGAAUUCAUGCCUACUUUUCUAACCACCUUUCCUAGUACAUAGUCUUGUUUGUGCCCUUUUCUUGAAUUCUUGUCCGGAUACAGGUUUUGAAUUCUCUGAAAAAAUGCGGUUUCUGAUGUGGGCUGUGCUGAUCGCUGCGUUCUUGAGUUGGGUUUCCUCAGAAUCGGGGGAUGUCCCGUCAGGUGUUUGUUCGAGGGCUGACAGAGCUGCUCUUCUUGGUUUUAAGGCUAGCAUUGUGAAGGACACCACUGGAUUUCUGUCGACGUGGACGGGGGCCGACUGCUGCGGUGGCGGAUGGGAAGGGGUGGAGUGCGGCGGCGUAGGUGGAAGAGUUAACAGAUUGAUUCUGCAGAGGCCGUCCUCGGGUACCGAUGACGCGGUUUACAUGAAGGGGAUUCUGUCUCCUUCUCUUGGGAAUUUGCGGUUCUUGGAGAUAAUGGUGAUAAGUGGGAUGAAACGGAUAGCUGGAAGGAUCCCUGACAGCUUCUCCAAUCUCACACGGCUUACUCAACUUGUUCUUGAUGAUAAUUCCCUGCAAGGGAAUGUCCCUUGGAGUUUAGGACAGUUGAGGAACCUUCAGACAAUCUCAUUGAGUGGGAAUCAUUUGACGGGGCAGGUUCCUGCGGCGUUGGGAGGUUUAAGGAACCUCCUGCAGUUGAAUCUAGGUAAAAAUUUCUUGACAGGUCCAAUCCCACCAGCCAUUGGUAGCCUGAGAGGCUUACAAUCUCUUGAUCUCAGCUUCAAUUCAUUGUCUGGUUCGAUACCGGAUUUUCUUGGGCAGCUCAAGAAUUUGACGUAUCUUGUGCUAAGCAGCAACCGGUUUUCGGGGCAGAUACCGAAUUCUCUGUGCGGUUUGACCCAACUUUCUGAGCUGUCAAUUGAUCAAAAUCAGCUGGUUGGGAGAAUUCCAGCCCAAAUUGGGAAUUUGAAGUUUGUUUCUGUACUGAGGUUGAGUUCUAAUAAGCUGACAGGUCAAAUUCCAGAAGCUAUUUCGCAGUUCCAGAACUUAUGGAACCUUAACUUGUCAAGAAAUCUGCUGACCAACCCUUUGCCGGAUGCAGCAUUUGGGAGGGGCCUUCCCUCUUUGUUGUCAAUCGACCUUUCCUACAAUGGUCUUGAUUUAGGGACAGUUCCUAGUUGGAUCAGGGAUAGAGAACUUUCUGAUGUUCAUUUAGCUGGCUGUAAGCUCCGAGGGGCCCUGCCGAACUUUGCAAGGCCCGACUCAUUGAGCACGUUAGACCUGUCCGACAACUAUUUCACAAAUGGGAUUUCAAAUUUCUUGGAAAACAUGACAAGUUUGCAGAGAGCAAAGAUUUCAAGCAACCUACUUAGUUCUGAUCUCUCCUCAAUCAGAUUACCGGACCAGAUUUCUGUUCUUGAUUUACAUUCAAACCAGCUCUUUGGUUCUCUGUCAGGGAUAUUAAGCAACAAGACGUCUAAAUUCUUGGAGGUCAUCGAUGUAUCCAACAAUAAGAUUUCUGGCAGCAUUCCUGAUUUUGAUGUUGGAUUGAACUUAAAAGUGCUGAACGUAGGAAGUAACAAGAUUGCAGGACAUAUUCCGAUUUCUGUUUCAAACCUAGCAAAGCUGGAAAGAUUCGACAUUUCAAGAAACCAGAUAACGGGCACAAUCCCAACCAGUCUGGGUUCAUUGCUUAAGUUGCAAUGGCUGGACUUGUCAAUCAACGGGCUUACAGGAAAAAUCCCCAAUAGUUUGCUGGGAAUUGAAGCACUAAGACAUGCAAGCUUUAGGGCAAACAGAUUAUGUGGAGAGAUCCCCCAAAGAAGACCAUUUAACAUCUUUCCUACAGCUGCAUAUGCUCACAACUUGUGCUUGUGUGGCAAACCGUUGCCGCCUUGCAAGGGGAAAGACAACAAAAAGAUGAGCCAGUAAUAUGCUGACUCUAUGCUCAUGCCAUAUGAGCAUUGUCACACUGGAAGUUGGAUUAUCUUAUCCUUGUAAGAUUAGGCAACAUGUUUUUUACAAUUUUUAACUUGUACAACACUUUGCUAACUUCAUUAGCCACCAUCACGUGGAUUCAAAUGAAGAAACCUCAUUCAUACAGGCUACCUAAUUGCAGUGCUUCAUAGCAUUCUUGAAUCAAGGACCUUGUCUCAGAACUA